CGCCAUUUAUGGUUUAGUUUGCUGAAAACGUCGGUUUGUAGUGACUAGCUGUAAUCCGUGAAAGGAAAUGCAUAGCCGAUAUGCAGAUUUUGUACCCACGAAGCCUCUUCCUGACUUGCCCAAAAAAUCUGGCCGUGGUAGAAUUCGUCUAUUUCGACUGCCCAAAUUGUCGAAUGAUCCGAAGAUUUCCUCGCCCACUUGUGUCAGCCAUGAUAUUCACGUUGUGUUCGAUGCAAACACUGGCGAAUUUCGCUUGGUUUCAAAACAAACGAUACAACUCACCGCACCACCAUUGUCAGGGGCGAGAUGGGUCAAGUGGUUAGAACGCGAAUUUAUUGACCGAAAGGCCCGUGGUUCGAACCGGACCUCAGCCUCUCGACUUCCCCUGUCUACGCUUGGACAACCCGACAGUAUCCCAGCCCUCGUGCUUCCUUCGGGUAGCGUGGCAGCUAGGCCCUGGAAGGGUACUGCCUUAAACGUUCUAAUUUGCUUCAAGUGCAUCACUCUGCUUAGGAAUGUGAAUAAAAUAAAAAGUAAAAUAAAUCGUUCAGCUGUAGCACCCUUCCGGUGCCUAGCUGCCAUGCCACCCGAAGGAAGCACGAGGGCUGGGAUACUGCCAGGUUGCCCAAGCCUAGACAGGAGAAGUCGAGAGGCGGAGGUCGGGCUCGAACCACAAACCUUCUGGUCAGGCAUGCCAGAAGAAUGGCUCCAGUGGUUGCGUGCGGCCAACAUUCCAUUUCACGAACGCGAGCGAAAUCCGGAACUGGUGAUCGAAGUCUUGCAAUGCUACGAUGCGGCCACUCAUCACGCGCAGAGGCAGAAGUUUCUCACCACGAAUCGAAGCAAGUGGGGCAGUUCCAUACAAUCUGAGCCCCAACAACUUUCAACGUCAAUCGCCAACAGCAAGCAUCAGGAGAGCUCUGACAGUGUCUUCCGUUUCACAAACCGGCCUCAAGACCCGGCUGGUUUUGGCGCCUGGUCUUCCACUGGCCCUGAGCCACAUUUGUUGCGCUCGGAGUCACUCUCUGAAGGGGCCCAAAGGCUCCGAUUGUCCUCACCGCCACCACCUCCGAUUCCACCGCACUAUGUGACUCUGGGUCGUCGUCCUGGUGCUCAUUCCGAACAGCCCGAACACAAACCAGACGUAUCCGCCACAUCGAUACCCACAAGUCAAUCAAUGCAUGAUCGACGUUCAUUGGCAAUCGCCACCGGGAACCAGUGUUUCGUUUCUCAACGCAGCACUUCACCCCAUGCAUGUUUCGUUUCUCAACGCAGCACUUCACCCCAUGCAGUCGAAAAAGAUCGGAAGAAUAUAGCACAUGCGGAAUUUUUGCCUUACGAUUUCAUUGACUGUGAAUCGUCGAGCAGUUUUUCGAACAUUUAUUACGGAAGUAGCAGCUUCACUUCUGGGCAGCUCAAUGACAGUUCGAUGCCGGAAGAAACCUAUCCCGUCGAACUGUUGUUCGAACCGAACGAACUGAUGACUGAAGAACCGUAUGGAGUGGAGGAAAUUCUGACCAAUCGCAGGCCUAGACUUAGUCCGGUCCCUGCUGCAACGGAUCGAUACAAUACGGUCAGUAGAGCUGGAGAUAUCCAUCUUGAAAAGUUUCAAGAGCAUGUGGAAGAUGUUGCAGGGGAUGUGGACUUCCGUCGCCACAGCCACUGUGGCAUCAGUGAGGCAGCGUUUUUGGCCAGCAAAACGGAUUCCCGCUAUCCGUCUCACGAGUUCCAUGCACAGCUAGCUGUACCAGAGGUCUAUGACGAGAUCUCCUGUAGCAUCUCCCCACAGAGUGACGAGCUGGACAUUCCGAGUGGUGGUGGUAGUCACGUGGUUGGUGUUGAUGAAUCCUCUCCUGACAAACGGCCGGGUGGAGAUCAGCUGAUUAACCAGGCGCACCCCACACAUUCACGUGGCCGUACAGUGGUGAAAGUUUCCGAUGGUCAAAAACGUCAUAAACGUUCUGCAGCUCAUCAAGGUCGAAUGUCUCCCGAUAGUUUGACUGGUCUCACAAACGGGGAUGACUCGUCAGUUGGGGCUCAGCAGCAACUGCCCUCGGACAAAUUUCACCACACUCCAAAUGGCUCAGACUCCAUCAAAGACUUGCCUCACACUCCGCUACUGCUCAGCAGACGUUCACCAAACUUUCGCAGAAUGGUCCGACUACGCGACGAACAGAUCAUCGAUCGCAUCCGAGCGAUAGUGACUCGAGGCGAGUUUCAAGCCAAAUACGAAACCCUCGGGAGCAUUGGGCAUGGGGCCUCUGGAAUCGUGCAUAUCGGUAGAAAUUUACAAUCCGGAUGCCGGGUAGCAAUCAAACAAAUGAACCUGCGAAAGCAGCCAAAGAAGGAGUUGAUCCUCAACGAGAUUCUCGUUAUGCGGGCCUACCGGAACCAGAAUAUUGUGAACUACUUGGAUAGCUAUCUGCGCGGAGAUGAACUCUGGGUCGUGAUGGAGUACCUAGAUGGUGGUUCGCUUACAGAUGUCCUCACGGAGACAUGCAUGUCCGAGUCGCAUAUUGCCACGGUUUGUCGUGAGACCCUCCAGGCUCUGGAAUUUUUGCAUUCCAAACAAGUCAUCCAUCGUGACAUCAAAUCCGACAACAUCCUGCUCGGCUUGGACGGUUCGGUGAAACUCACCGACUUUGGUUUCUGUGCCCAGCUCACUUCCGACUCUGGGCUGAAACGGAACACUAUGGUGGGAACUCCGUACUGGAUGGCUCCGGAAAUCGUGAGCCGAAAACCUUACGGGAACAAGGUGGAUAUUUGGUCUUUGGGUAUCAUGACUCUGGAGAUGAUCGAAGGAGAGCCGCCGUAUUUGAGUGAAAAUCCGUUGAAGGCGCUCUAUUUGAUUGCCACGAAUGGCAAACCGGAUUUUUGCAAAGACAAUCUCAGCACCGAGCUUCUAAACUUUUUGGACCGAUGUCUCGAAGUAGAUGUACAGUUACGUGCCUCAGCAGCAAAUCUUUUGAAGCAUCCUCUCAUCCUGACCAAAAGCAAACACGUUCAAAGUUUAAUCCCUUUGAUUCUGCUCGCUCGGGAACAAAUACGGGCUGCGAUGCCGUCUUCUUAGCCUUGUCCACCAAUUGUGGUUGCCUAAAUUCGACUACAGCCGAUCGAUUGUUUACCCUGCAUUCCUCGAUCGGCGCGCGGAUUCCUAGUCAACGAUUCCCGUGUACUAUACUUCUCUCUCAAGUUAACCCGGACAAACCCCGGUUCAGACAAUCAAUAUCCACUUUUCACACCGAUUUCGUUUCAUCUGUCUCAUUUUAUUUAUUUCGUUGGACAGCCACUGCAUAAUACCUAGGAGUACCUACACACACACACACACACACGUGCACACCAGUUCGCCAAUUUGUCAAUACCGAGAAGAUUCGCGCCUAAUUUUUUCUAAUUUCAUUAUCGUCGCACUAGAUUUGAGUUUUCUUGUGUUUUUUUUUCAUUGACUCCCUCCUUCAAAAAUCGCGCCAGCCGAGAUUCUAUGAAAUGAAAAUGAAGCAAACAUUUUGGUCUGGUCUGUUGGAUUUUGCUAAGUAAACCUAUUCUUGC